AACACCGGAAGUAGUUCCUAGCGCCACACUGCUCCGAUCUUAGAGGUCUGUGCGUGAGUCAGUGUUGCGGUCUCUGCAUUAAUUUCUGUACGAAAUAAAUAAAAAGACGGGGCUUGUUGUGACGAUAUUUUAUAUUAUGUGAUUGAGGGGAAAUCCGAAUACAUGUAUUCAAACCCUGUUCGGCAACAUCACGAGAAAACAACAGGGGCUCUGGAAAGGAAAGUAUUCUUUACUGAGAAAUGUUUGACUCAUCUUUUUUUUUUUAAAACCUAAUUUGUAGUUGUAGUUUUCUGGGAAGGAAGAUCUUGUGUCAAAGUAACAAGUAACAGUAAAUUAAGGGAGAUUUACCGGUAAUGUUUUUAUUAUAAACACAUUCUGAGAUUUACGGGACAUUGCUGCGUGUUACAUUAGGGCACGGAGAAUAGAUUUUUAGAGGCAGUAUGUGUUUCUUAGUUGGCUUCCUAUUUGUCAGUACGUACAACGAUUUUUUUUCCAUUUCUGGUAUAAACGUUAUUUAACUGUUUUUCUUAAAUACAAACCAAAUCUGAUAAAAUAAUAUUUAUUAUCAAUUUAGUAUAUAUACCUACAAAUCGAUUAUUUUACGAAAAAUAUGUGAAAGAACAAAUACUUUGCAUGAGUGUACUUGGCUUCCUCUAUGAAUAGCGUCAUCCUUAUUAACUAACACUGGUAAUGUAUUGCAUGUGCAAUAAUAUUGUUUACCCUUAGACGAAUGUAGUUAGUUUGCUAGUUACGUAUAACGUCUUAAUAAAAGUAAAUUGAAUAUUUCUGUCAUUGGCUUCAAACCGUGUACUGUUGGCCUGUCUUAAAAAGGGGCGUUCUUUUUUCAUCCUCAAUUAAAUCAUACCGUAGUCAUGCUACUGCCAUGUUUGCGGAGAGUUCUGCGGCCCGCCCUAUCCUUGAAGCCUGGACUUUUCUUUGGGAGGGUUCAAGAGAAUAAAGCUCUCGGAGUCCGUUUUGCAUUGCCCGUGCAGCUGGCCCCAUGUCGGGGUUUGGGCACUCACCCACAUAAGGAACCUAUGGAGCCCCUGAACUCGCCACAGGGGGCACGGGAAUUCAUCUAUAGCCUUCACCCGACCGAACGGAGCUGCUUGCUGAGAGAACUGCACCGCUUUGAGUCCAUAGCUAUAGCACAAGAAAAACUGGAAAUGGCACCACCAACAUCUGCUCAACUGAGAUAUGUACUUCUACACAAUGCAAUUCCUUUUGUGGGAUUUGGCUUCUUGGAUAAUGCCAUCAUGAUUGCAGCUGGAACACAGAUAGAAUUAUCAAUAGGAGUCAUCUUCGGCAUUUCAACGAUGGCAGCUGCUGCCCUGGGAAAUCUUGUUUCUGAUCUAGCAGGAUUAGGCCUUGCUGGAUAUGUUGAAGCUCUUGCCUCAAGACUUGGUCUACAAAUACCUGAUCUAACUCCAAAGCAAGUGGACAUGUGGCAAACAAGACUGAGUGCCCAUACAGGCAAAGCCAUAGGAGUGUUUAUCGGCUGUGUGUUAGGAAUGUUCCCUCUAUUGUUCCUCUCGGGAGAUGAAGAUGAAAAACUGGAAACAAAAAAGUAGCAGCAAUCGAUAGUUGAAAGGCAAUAAGCUGAUUUUACCUCAAGAAUUGGAAACAACCAAUGCCUCUCAAUAGGAAUGAAGAACAAACUAACCCCAUGCAGUACACAAAGGAACAAGUAGUUCUACUCUAUACAGUAAUGUAUCUCUGCAAAUGCAGGCCUAGGUUAAAUAAAACACUAACAUAAUGAGCAUGACUUGCUUUUCUUGUUUAAUAUGCUGUUUUUUUUAUUUAAAAAAUGUAUUAAACUCUCAAACAAUAUCUGGAGACUAAAAAAAUUAGAUGUGUAUAAAAGAGUGUAAUGUUGGAUUUUCUUUAAUAUAAUGCAGUUUAUCAUGAUGGUCUUUGAUGGCUGUUACUAUUGAACUUUUAUUUAAAAAUAGUUUGUCUAGCUCCCAUUUUUUAAUUUGCAUGUUGCAGUCUUUGUCUUAACUUCUCUGUGAUCGUGGGGUCCCAAAACACCAUUGGAAUCUGUGUUGUUUAAAAUAUCAAUCUAAAUGAUAAAGACAUGUUUCUGUUUA